GUGAUUUGGGAUAAAUGUCAAACGAGAUGUGAAUGUUUUGUUUAUUCGUUUGUUUUGCUCUCGAUACCCGGCUUGGGAGGGAAAAGAUAUUAUAACAAGUGGGAAUUAUUAAAGAAACUCUGUAGAUCAUGGCUUCAGAUUAUGCCGAUUUCCGAGAUCCGAAUCGUCCCGUUCGACGCAAAGGGAUGCUAAUGAAUUUUCGUACCAAUGGGUACGUGGAAAUUCGUCCACAAGAUGUGUAUGGAAAGUGCCGCUACGUAUCGUCAUUCCAGAAGCUGAACAGAGUCGGCGAAGGCACAUACGGCAUUGUUUUUCGUGCCCGCGAUUCUAGUACAAACGAAAUCGUAGCCCUCAAAAAGGUACGCAUCGAUCAGGACAUAUUUAAAGAUGGAUUCCCAAUCAGCGGGUUGCGUGAGAUUCAGAUUCUCAAAAACUGUAACCACGAUAACGUCGUCCGGCUAAAGGAGGUAGUGGUCGGCAACAGUCUCGAAAGCAUUUUCCUGGUAAUGGAAUUUUGUGAGCAGGAUCUUGCCUCGCUGCUCGAUAACAUGGAUACACCGUUUACGGAAUCGCAGGUCAAGUGUAUCAUCAUACAGCUGCUGAAAGGGCUAAAGUACCUUCACUCGAAGUACAUCAUACACCGCGAUCUGAAGGUAUCGAACCUGUUGCUCACGGACACCGGUUGCCUAAAGAUAGCGGAUUUCGGUUUGGCACGGUAUGUAAAUGAUUCGACCAAACCGAUGACCCCCGGGCUCGUAACGCUCUGGUACCGGCCGCCGGAAUUGCUCUUCGGUGCCAAAACGCAAACCACCGCCGUAGAUAUGUGGGCAACGGGAUGCAUUCUGGGCGAACUGUUAAUUCACAAACCGCUCCUACCCGGUUCGAGUGAAAUUUCGCAGAUCGAACACAUCAUUAAUCUACUUGGCACACCGACGACGGCUAUUUGGCCCGAGUUCGAUAGCUUACCCUUGGUGCAAAACUUUACGCUCAGAGAACAACCGUACAACAAUCUGAAGAGUCGGUUUCCCUUCCUUUCGGCGAGUGGGUACGAGCUGCUCAACAAUCUAUUCAUGUACAAUCCAGCCUGUCGGGCUACGGCACGGCAAUGUCUUCUGAGCACAUAUCUGGUGGAACCACCGCUUCCAUGUGAUCCAAAUCUGAUGCCAACGUUUCCCCAUCAUCGAGACAUGAAAAAUACAACUUCAAAUAAACCGGAGGAUCCGCGCAAACGCACCAGUGCACUUUCGAAUCACAAGGCCCCAUUCGACGGAAGCCAGCCACCAACAAUUUCGGACCUGCUCGGUUCACUGAUUAAGAAACGACGCUUCGAUUAGCGUGAAUGAAAAUACCUUUGACUAACAAAUGCGUUGCCCUUUAUUUCGAACUACUAACACCGGUGCCGGUAGAAAUGUAAACAAUCACGAACUACAGGAACGGG